GUCCAAAAGAACAACAAGAAGAAGAAAGUUCAUAUUAUCACAGAACACUAAUCACAACAUAUUGUAGGUUAUGCUAUACUAAAUUUAAGGAUAUUAAAAUGAAUUUUACUUUAAAUUACAUCAAAGCUACUGUAUUAAAACCCACAGCUGCUAUUCAAAAUAUUGUACGGUUUGCGAGUAAAAAGACAAGCGGUAGUACAAGAAAUUCGAGUACAAAAGUCAGGCCAAAACACAGAGGAAUAAAAAUACCAGAUGGUCGAAAUGUAAAUGCUGGUAAUAUUUUAGUCCUUCAACGUAACUUACGUUUCCAUCCAGGUUUAAACGUUGGUAUGGGUAGAAAUGGUACCUUAUUUGCAAUUCUUCCAGGAAGAGUUUCAGUUACAUGUGAAAAGGUUGAUUUGGAUUGGGACCACACAUGGGUCCAGAGAUGCCAUGGAUAUAGAAAAGGUGUAGAUUUUUACAAGAAAUACUUCAAUGUUAUACCUACACCACAGCAUCAAAAUUUUAAACUUGUUAAUGAAAUCUAGGUAGUGUGAUAUAUUAGUAAUUAUUUUAAAUAAAAAAAAAAUGGAAUAAAAUUAUCACUUUUA